AUGACAAUCUCUUACGAUGAGGAAUUCUCCUCAUUGAUGCUCAGAUGGCGAGGUUCAAUUUGGAAAGCUGUGCUGAAAGAUCUCAUCGGUUUCUAUAUUCUCUACUAUAUUGUCUUGGCAGCACAGUAUUAUUUUUUGGACGAACCGGGAAAGGAGUAUUUUAGUGGGUGGAUUGCGUGGUGUGAAAUUGGAUCGACAUAUAUUCCGCUGUCGUUUUCACUGGGUUUCUUCGUUUCGGUGAUUGUGGCAAGAUGGUGGGUUUUUUGGGAGGAGACAGAUGUGAAAUUCCAAUACACUUUUGUGAUUAUAUGGUUUUAAUAAAAUUACAAUCAGAAGUCACCAAGUACCCCUUAACCUAGCCUCCCAGCAAAUCUCCCUACAUAUUUCCAGGUGGGAACAAUUUAAUUGGAUCUCCUGGCCCGACAAACUCAUGCUCAUGGUGGCCGCCUGCAUCCCGGGCGAAGAAAAUUUGAUAGUUCGUCAAACAAUUGCUCGCUGGAGCACACUUCAAGCCGCAAUCGCUUGGGCUGGAAUUUCAGUUCGCACACUGAAAAGAUUUCCAACUGAACGACACAUGGUUGCUGCAAAAAUUAUGACCGAAGAGGAAUAUGAUUUGUAUAUGAAUUUGGACGCUCCUCAAGGAAAGUGGUUUGUUCCAACCAUUUGGAUUAUUAAUUUGAUUAAGCAACAAUUGAAGAAGGGUGUUAUUGAUUCGGUGCAAAUGGAGAUGCUAUUGAAGCAUGUGAGUUCAGAAGAUUCCUUUCCAACCUCCUAAUUUUCCUUCAGGUCUACAGUUACCGUGAUGGAUUCGCUAUGCUCUUUGUCUACGAUUGGAUCAAAGUUCCACUUGUCUACACCCAGGUCGUUGCCAUCGCCACGUAUGGCUACUUCUUUAUUUGUUUAAUCGGUCGUCAACCAAAACUCGAUCAAAAAUCAAUGGAAAAAGAGAUUGCUAUUCUCUUCCCAAUCUUCACCACCUUUCAAAUGCUCUUCUAUAUUGGUUGGUUAAAAGUCGGACAAUAUUUGAUGAAUCCAUUCGGUGAAGAUGAUGAUGACUUCGAACUGAACUACGUCAUCGAUCGUAACACAGCUGUUGCUCAUAUGAUGGCUACAGAACUGGCUGAUCAACUUCCAAGCAUUGAUCAACCAAUGUACCCAACAAUUCCUCAUACCAGAGCCUCUUUCAAAAUCCAGGAUGUGAUUCCGAAAUCACACUUGGCUGGAUUUGAACUAACUGAACAUGAUAUGAAAUUGAUUAAACCUGAAGAUUUGGAAGAACAUGAGAAGUUACUAGAAGAGACGAGAGCUGCGAAUCGCAAUCGAUUAGGAACAUUGGUUAGAGCUAUGGACAGGAAAAGUGAAUAA